CAAGCAGCGAACAUAACGGAUAGUGUUAUCCUCAUCUCCAUCUCCAUCUUCAUCUUCUAACUCAUCGAGUAGGAGAAGCAAUAGAUUUUAGUGCCUCAAUGAACAUUACCACUUUUUAUCGUCACUCAAACACCAUGUUAAAUCCUCACAUAGACAAGACUUUAGCGAACACUCGACAAGCAAGCUCAAAUAAUAUUACAUUCAUGACAAGAACACAAGGGAGCAGAAGAAAGAUGGGAUUGCGUUUAGUAAGAGCAUGUGUCGGAGAAGAACAAUCCGACAAUCAAAGUAAGCCCGAGAGAAGAAGUUUCUUGAGCUUAGCAGAAGCUGGUCUUGUCGAAAUCUCGGGCCUUGGUGCACACGAGAAGUUUCUCUGUCGACUAACGAUAUCGUCACUGAAUCUACUAAGAGUGAUAUCGGAGCAAGAAGAAUGUUCAAUAGAAGAGUUAAAUGCUGGAAAAAUAUGCGACUGGUUCUUAAAAGAUAAGCUGAAGAGAGAGCAGAACAUGGAAUCUGCCGUUCUUCAAUGGGAUGAUCCCGAUUUUCCAUUUUAAUAUUUUCUUAUCUUCACGUUUAAGAUGCAAAAGAAUAUGUAUGAUCUUCCACUGGACAAUAUUGAGUCGAUUUGAAGAUAAUAGCUUUUUCUUUAUGACAAGGUGAGUAUAUGUAUUAUGGUAAGUCUUAAAUUAAUGUGGUCUACACCAUCCUAAACAAUAAUACGUAUCUGUGAAUCGG